CUUAGUCUGCUCGGGACUUUUUUGCACAGCUUGUCUUUGGGUACUCCUGUACUUGUAUACCACACCCACUUUUAACAAAAACACCAGCUUGAAUUCCUUCGUUUUUGCAAAUGAGCGAGCAAGCAACACAGCAGCAGGAGGCACUCCGCCAGGAUGUCAUCGAGUCAGCCGUGCGGUUUCUGACCGACCCCAAGGUAGCCACAUCAACCCUGGCAAAGAAGAUCUCGUUUUUGGAAACGAAAGGACUGACUUCAGCUGAAAUCGAAGAUGCACUAGCACGCCUCGUACGGCUACGCACAGCAGCUUUCGCCGCCGCCGGCCGCCACCGCCGGCCGCAGCUAGACUGGAAGGACUAUUUCAUUGCAGCGGUGGUGGCGGGCGGGCUGGGCUACGGCCUGUAUGUGCUGGCGCAACGCUACGUAGCGCCGCUGCUGCAGGCGCGGGACGACAAGGAGCGGCUGGAGGCGGAGAAAAAGCUGCUUGUGGAGCAGAACGAGCAGACGCAACGGCAAUUGACGGCAUUGAAUGAGACGACCACCAAGGUCCUGGAGGCAUUGGCGACGCAGUCGGCCAAGACCAACGAGGCCAUUGAGGGCAUGACGGCGCUUUUGGAUAAGAUGACGAUCGAGGAUGUGCAGCGCGAGGUGGCCGGCGUGGCGAAGAAGGAGCGCGAUAGCGGGUCCAUUGCUGAUGUGCACGCUCCGGCGGGAUCGCCCACUGCGAGCUCGGCUGUCAGCCCUGAUAUGAAGGCGACGCUGACGCCGCCCCCUGCUGUUACUGUGGAGGACGUCCCCGAGGCUGCGACCGGACUUGGUGUCUCGGAUGGCGCGGCGGUUGACUGA